AUGGCAAACUACGAAGAAAAACAUAUGCAAGACCGAACUCAAGCUGAGUCCUCCGGUAUCUUCGAGUCCGCUGGGAGUGAAACGGCCACACUCUCCUGGGACGACCAUGGGGACCCCGAAAACCCUUACAACUGGCCGCUGUCGCGGAAAUGGACACUGACCGGUCUCGCCGCCUUUGCGACGUUCCUCUCUAUGAUGAAUGGAACUAUAAUUACGGUUGCACACUUCGAGAUCACGGAACUCUUCAACGUUAGCGACGCGGCAUUCCCACAUUCUUACUGGCCUGUUACAACAUGGGCCUCCGGCGGCGCAUGCUCUGCCCUGUUUAUUCUUCCGUUGACAGAGGACUUCGGAACCCGACCUGUCUUUAUCCUAACAUACCUUUUAUUCCUCUGCUUCCUCAUUCCCCAGGCUCUGGCCCAGAACUUUGCCACGUUGGUCGUCACACGUUUCUUUGCCGGCUGCUGUGUUGCCAUCCUGGCCAAUACGGCUGCCGCAGUCGCCGGAAAUGUUUGGAAUACCGAGUGGUCUAGGUCAAUUCCUGUCAGCCUUUAUAUCCUUGGCUACAUGGGUGGUAGCAGUAUGGGGCCAGUUAUGGGGGCUGCAAUUUACCAGUCCUUGUCAUGGAGAUGGAUCAGCUAUAUGCAGCUCAUCUAUUUCGGGGCGCUGUUUCCGAUCUACUACUUCUUUUUCCAAGAGACACGCAGCGACGCAAUCCUUGCAAGCCGAGCGCGAGCCCUGCGCAAAAACGGCAAAGGCGAUCAUGCCGGGCAAGCGGCUGGUCCCUCUUCGCAUCAUCUGAGUUUACAGGACCUUAUCGUCAGCUCUACAAGGCCGGUGGUUCUUUUCUGCACCGAGCCUGUUCUUUUUGUGUCCACGUUGUGGUCAUCUUUCACAGUGGGGACCCUGUUUCUUUUUACACAAUCAGUCGAGCAGGUCUUCAUGGAGUUGUACGAUUACAAUGUCUCGCAAACCGGGUUUGUCCAGGCCUCGAUAGUCAUCGGCGAAUGCAUAGGCUUCUUGUUAUGCUUCGUAUCGAGGAAGCUCUACUUCGCAUCCGCUUCUCGGAACACCGAAGUACCGGGAACUCCGAUUCCAGAGGCCAGACUCUAUAUGGCUGUCCUUGGUGGAGUGUUCGGCAUUGCCGGCGGCAUGUUCACGUAUGCAUGGACUUCAUACACUUUUAUCCCGUGGAUCGCCCCGACAAUCAGCCUAGGCAUGGUCGGAGCCGGCAGCGUGCUAGUCGUGGCCGGGGUAUCAGACUAUGUGGUCGAUGCAUACAGCCAAUACGCCGGUAGCGGAAUCGGCGCCGUUGCGACAGGGGAGAACAUCUUCUCUGCUUUCCUUCCCCUGGCGACUAUGAGCAUGUACACCAACCUCGGAUUCCAGUGGGCGAGCACGUUGCUGGCUUUGAUUUCCCUGUUUCUUGCUCUUGUUCCGACAUUGAUGUUUUUCUACGGGAAGGAAGUGCGUGCUCGCAGUCCUUUUAUGAAUGGAUUGAUGAAGGACGCUGGUAAGAAUACUGAGAUGGUAUAG